CUGUGCAGUAGUGGCCGCCAUCUUGGAUAGGCAGUCUCUCCAGCCCAGGAUAACCUGCAGAUCCCUUUAGAAACCUCAAGACAUUAAACAUAUAAAACGCGAAACACCCGAGAGCCACAAUGGCCACCGCACCGUACAACUAUUCCUACAUUUUCAAAUACAUCAUCAUCGGGGACAUGGGGGUAGGAAAGUCAUGUUUGCUUCAUCAGUUCACAGAAAAGAAAUUCAUGGCGGACUGCCCCCACACGAUCGGCGUGGAGUUUGGCACGAGGAUAAUCGAGGUGAGCGGCCAGAAGAUCAAGCUGCAGAUCUGGGACACGGCGGGCCAGGAGCGCUUCAGGGCCGUCACACGCAGCUACUACAGGGGGGCCGCCGGGGCGCUUAUGGUCUACGACAUCACCAGGAGAAGCACAUAUAACCACCUCAGCAGCUGGCUCACUGAUGCCAGGAACCUCACCAAUCCCAAUACUGUGAUCAUCCUCAUAGGAAACAAAGCAGAUCUGGAGGCACAGAGGGAUGUCACGUAUGAAGAGGCAAAGCAGUUUGCUGAGGAGAACGGUCUGCUAUUUUUGGAAGCGAGCGCAAAAACGGGCGAGAAUGUGGAGGACGCCUUCCUCGAAGCGGCCAAGAAGAUCUACCAGAACAUUCAGGACGGCAGUCUGGACCUGAACGCGGCCGAGUCGGGCGUCCAGCACAAGCCCUCGGCGCCGCAGGGCGGCCGGCUAACCAGCGAGCCACAGCCCCAGAGGGAAGGCUGCGGCUGCUAAUGACCAAUCACCCAGUCCACCUCCCCCCUCCGCCCGCCCCGCCAACGUACACCACCCAACCAACCAACAAACCAACCAACCACCAAAUCACCAACUUCUCCUUUUACACGUACAUACAGACACACACACAGACACACACAUGUAACAAACACAAGCUCACGGAAAGGCAGUCUUCUUCAAAAACAUACUCUCUCUCUCUCUCUCUCUCACACACACACACACACACACACACACACACACUCACACACACACUCACACUCAAGAUGCAAACACUCACAUUCACGUUGUCCUCCCCGCGUCCUCUUGCCCGGAGCUUGUGGGUGGCUUGGGUAACAGAGGGAGACGGGAACCAGGGAUGACUUGACGAGGGCUGGGUGGGCAAUCUCUUCUCCUCCACCACCGCCCUGCCCCCCCACCCCCACACUCUCCCCUCCCUUUCUCUCUCCUUCUCUCUGUCUUACAUCCCCCUUUCUCUUCUCCUCCGCCCCUCACCACCUGUAUAUUCCUCCUCUCCUCUCCUCCACCCAUUCCUCUCUCCAUCCUUCCUCCCUAUUAGCACUCAACCUGGCAUCACCGUCUCCAGGGGUGCCUCGUCAGGAGAACCAGUACUACUCCGCAAAAAGAGCGAAAACAAAACAAAAAAAACACCACUGAAGUUACUGACAGGUAGACGAAAAGUCGUACGGAAAACAUCAAAGCUUUGUUUGUUUGUUUUUUUAACGUGUCAUUUUAUAGCUCAAUAUAUAGAUAUAAAUAUAUAUAAUACCAGCCACACUCGUGUAAACAAACCAUAAGAUCGGAACUGUAGAAUCCAAACUGACCCUUGUAGAAAAUGUAGGCAAAACCGGUCACUCCAUCUAGACAACCACCUCCUGCAUGGUUCGCUCCCCGUCUUUUUAAUUGAAUCAAAAUGAAGUAUGUAAGACUCGACAUUGUUCGACUAUUACGUUUGUUUUGUUUAUUUUUGUCCCCCACAUAUUUUGGGUCGUGAAAAUAAUGAUGAUGUAUGUAAGUUGCGCCCAAUUAAAUUAAUAGCGACGUGCGCACACACAAUGUGUGCUUAUAUGUAUGUGUGUGUGUGUGUGUCUGUGUCUGUCCUGCCCUAAGGCUCAACUAAGUCUUUGUAUGAUUGGGUCUUUGGUCGUAGAGGUCAGUGGUCAGAUAUUACCUGCCCUGGCCACAUCUCACUUCAACAUCUUGAGUCCACACUAUUGGAAGGGCUCUGUGUGUGUGCCUGUGUGUGAGAGUAAUAUGAAGUGUGUGUGUUUUGUGUGAAGUCUCUCUGUGUGUGUGUGUGUGUGUGUGUGUGUGUGUGUGUGUGUGUGUGUUUUGUGUGAGGGUCUGGGGACAGAGCGGAUUGUCCUCGUAAAUCAGAUUAUGACACUUUAAGUAAGGAGGAAGAGAGAGAGUGAGAAAGAGAGAGGCGUUUAUUAUAUUAAAAAAAAAAUUCUUUCUAAGCACCAUCGUUUUCCUCCUUUGCACCAGUCCCUAUCCCUCUCCUUCCCCCCUCCACCUGUAUCUCACCUCCAAACACCCCACCCUACCCCACCAUAUCAGUAGAACACGUCUGUCCUUACCAGCAUUUUUAUUUCAUUUUCUUUCUUGGUUUGUUUGUUUGUUUGUUUGUUUGUUGCCUUAUUGUUAUGAUUAAUGUUAAUAUUAUUAUUACUAUUACUGUUUAAUCUUUACUUUAUGCUGCGCUUGCUCUAAAUACCGCUGUGGGGACUCAUUGUGUGUCCAAUAAAACCGCUGUUUUACAA